AUGCUUAAAAUAGAUGCAUACAACUUGAGACGUGAAAGGGCCGUAACUCGGAAGAAGGGUAUAGCCCUCGCGCAGCAACACAAAUGUUCUUUUCUGGAAUGCAGUGCUAAAACCAGAGCAAAUGUACAUCAAUGCUUUAAGAUCCAUUUUGAAGAUUUUGGAGGUCCCUUCUCUAUUGGAGAAAGGGUCGACGGCAGUCAAGAAGCAGAUUUUGCAGCAGAAACAAGCACACAAAGCACCCGAAAACAAUGGCUGCUGCUCUCAAUGAAAACUACGACUACGCUCGACGAAUAUCGAAUACGGAAUAAUGUUACACUAGGUGAUGAAGUUCCACAACAGGCGUUUAUAGUUGCGAGGAGUUUAUGUAGGAAGUCGAUCGUCAUUCCUUCAUUUGUAAUUUUCUGAACAUGGGGAGACAGAAGUGUCAUCUUAGGUUAAUGU